AGUAAAUAGGUGUCUAAUUAAACAUUCCCCAAUUUCAAUCAUUACAAAAUUAAUAUAUAACCAAUAGGAGAAUAAACCCUUUUGAUUGAAAAAAGGAAUUGUCAAAAUUGUUACGAAAAUCUACGAUACAUCUUCUUGAAAUCAAUUAAGAAUUUUUCUAAGGUCAAAAACAUUUAUCUUAAAUAAUAUACCUACGAUUAUAACCCUAAUGUGGUAUUUAAUAGUAUUAGUUGAAUAUUUUCGUGAUGAACGAAACAAAAAUAAAGACCUUGAACAUCGGCGUCUUUUUCUAUCUUAUGCAAUAGCGAUAACGUAUCAGUAGAUAUGCAGUAUGCAGUGGAUCUUUUUCUUGCAAACGCUAACUGAAAUUAUUCUAUCAAUGGAUUUGUUUACCAUUUGUCUAGAAGGAAAGUAUAUUCUGAAUAAUCAAUUGAUUAAAGUAUUGGAAGCCCAUUACGGUGACUUAUAUAUACUUUAUUGUGAAAAUAAUCGUUUUAAAAAUGUUAUAAUGACAGAAUUUUCUGAUUGAUAUAAUCUGACAAUAUGCUUUUUUCAAUAGGAUCGCGAUCUAAACUCGCGUUACAAAAUUGAAAUGUUAUUAGAAAGCUAAUAUUGAGCACAUGCAAAAUCCAUUGAAACAAGUAAAUCGCCAUGUCUCUAACGAAAAUUCUCAGGGUACCAAUAAAAUUAUUCAAAAAGGAUGUCAUCACCUUUCUGAUUGUUCGACGACAUGAUUUGGGUGCUGUUGAAGAAAAACUCCGUUAUAUAGUUGUGAAACCUACAGCGUCCAUAUCAAUGCUACGUCAAAAAAUAUGGCAUCUACUAGAUUUACCAGAUUACUGUGAAGAAAUUGUCAUAUUAAAACGUGGCAAUGAUGUUGAAAUAGCCCUGACAGAGUUACGUAAAGGCAACGAUCCGCAACAUCCGUAUUUGUUGGAGGUUUGGUUACCCGCGUCGCGACUUGUUUCAUCGAAGACAUUACAUAAGAAUAUGCUAACGAUGGGUGAAAAUGAACACGUUGAUAAACAUGUUAUUUCCACAAUAAAUACUGCCGAUGAUCAAGAGAUUAUUGGAAAUCGCGUGAAUGAAAAUCCUACUAUAUCGACCGACACAAAAAACUUACGUUUUACGGAUAACAAAAUUACUUAUUUGUAUUCUGACUAUAAGAAGUCUGAUCUAUCUUGUCGUAUCUCCAGCAAUUCUUUAUUCAAGCUGCACAAAAACAAGAACCGCGACAGCUUCACCAAUAUUUUACUAAAGAUACAGAGCGACCUGUCUACACUGAGCAAUAAAUUGUCCAAUUUAGAAAACAGAAUUUAAAUGUAAAUUACAAUUAUUGUUUAUUUUAUAAAUCAUAGGUUGUAAAUAAAAUACAUGUCUAUGAAAAUACACAA